CACACCGACUAUCAAGCUGGGUGUCAGUGUGACGAAGUCUGCCAAAGUGGAUUCCAGCCGCGCAGCCACGCCGAACACCAACCUGGACGUGGUGAAGAUGCGGAAGGAGAGUGUAACGCGGAUUCUUGGUCCCAAUUACUGGAUCGAGCAAUCAAUCAAAUCCAAGCCACUUAACGACUUCUAUACAAUUCUCAAGGAACUUGGAAGAGGUGCCACGUCCGUCGUCUACAAUUGCAUCGAAAUCCGCACCAACAAGCCGUAUGCCGUGAAGAUCAUCAAGAAAAAUGUAGAUAAGAAGAUUAUACGAACAGAGAUCGGUGUGUUGCUGAAACUGAAACAUCCUAAUGUGAUAGAACUGAAGGAGAUUUUCGAGACUACCGAGGAAAUCCACCUUGUGCUGGAGCUGGUGACAGGCGGCGAGCUGUUCGAGCGCAUCGUGGCGCGAGGCUGCUACACGGAGCAGGACGCUGCCGUCUGCGUGCGCCAGAUGCUGCAGGCCGUCAUGUUUCUUCACGACAACGGGGUCGUACAUCGUGACCUGAAGCCGGAGAAUCUUCUAUACAAAGACAAGGCCGAAAAAUCCUUACUGAAAAUAGCUGAUUUUGGUCUGUCCAAGAUCAUCACCCACGAUGCAACCAUGAGCACAGUAUGUGGGACACCAGGAUAUUGUGCUCCUGAGAUUCUGAAAGGGGAACAAUACGGAUCGGCGGUGGACAUGUGGAGUGUGGGUGUGAUCUCGUACAUACUACUGUGUGGGUUCGAACCAUUCUACGAUGAGCGUGGAGACCACGAGAUGUUCCAGAAGAUUCUCAGAGGAGACUUUGCCUUCGUCUCUCCGUGGUGGGACGACGUCUCCAAGUAUGCCAAGAAUCUGAUAGCCAACAUGCUGGUGGUGGACCCGAAGGAGCGGCUGACGGCGCACCAGGCGAUCCAGCACCCGUGGGUGGCAGGGGAGAGUGCACCGGGCUACCACGUCAAGCACAUGUCUACCGCACUAGAGCAGCUAAAGCAGCUCAAUCACGCCAGGAAGAAGAUGAAGGCAGCGACCUCGGCUAUUAUUAUGAGUCAGCGAGCGGUGCAGGCGCUCAACGAAGCAGUAAUGAACCGGAGCCGCAGCGACCUUCCGAACAGCAGGUCAGGUUCACGCACUGCCAGCCCAACCAGCCCCAGUACAGGCAGCAGCAGGCUCUAGCCGCUAGAAAGUACGCAUGCUAGCGAUUCUUAUCUAUCUGCUCACGGGCACGGAAACCACAUUGGUGACGUCGAAGCAGCAGCAGCAAAUCUGGCCACACUCAGAUUAAACAGUGGAGUGCUAACGAUAGCUCUCUCGAAGCCACUGGCAAUCUCGAGGUGCUAUGGCCGGAGCUGAUCGGACAAGAAUCCUUCCGACGUCAAUAUUCAGUAACCUCUGGUUCCACGGAAGGAAGCACGAGCACACGAUGUGAGGAGAAAGAGAGGAGAAAGAGAAGAGAAAAAGAAAGAAAGAGGAGAGGAGAGGAGGAGGAGGAGAAAGGGAGGAGGAGAAGAAGGAGAGCCUUGCAGGCAAAUCUGAUUCGUUGACUCCCAACAGGAGACCACAGCCUGGCCCCCAAAACGUGAUCACGACCCGCAGCAGCUGACUAGAGGGGCUUCACUGAAACCUAAUGCCCAACAAACGGAUAUAGCAGUACCAUUGAAACGAUCCCAAAAGGGGACUACAGGAGCAGCACCAAGAGCCGAGUCCAACAGUAUGCUACAAUACAGAAGCAGAACAGCUAUUCGACAGAACAGAGUCGGACAAGACAUCACCUGAGCAGUUUGGCGGCUGGGAAGCUGAUCCUUCCAGCACAAGUGAACCUAUCAUGAUGAAAAUCAGAAUAGCAUAGACAAAUAUUUAAUAUCUCCAUAACAUGGCUAUAAAUAAGAUUUGACGACGCAGUUAAACACUGCAAAACUAGCGCCACCGGAUUUCGCAGUCACACCAAGAUGCUCUCCUGUUGGUCUUCUCAUCUAUUAUUACCUCCGCCAGGGGCGCGGCGAAGGUUAUGUUUUCACCGGCGUGC